CAAGCAGAUGCUCCUACCAAUAAAACACUGGCUGGGCUGGUGGUGCAGCUGCUGCAGUUCCAGGAAGAUGCCUUUGGAAAACACGUCACCAAUCCUGCCUUCACAAAGCUUCCUGCAAAGUGCUUCAUGGAUUUCAAAGCUGGAGGUACAUUAUGUCACAUUCUUGGUGCUGCUUACAAAUAUAAGAAUGAACAGGGCUGGCGGAGGUUUGACCUGCAGAAUCCAUCCCGAAUGGAUCGAAACGUGGAGAUGUUCAUGAACAUUGAGAAAACACUAGUGCAGAACAACUGUCUGAGCAGACCGACCAUCUACCUCAUUCCAGAUAUAGAACUGAAGUUGGCUAAUAAAUUGAAGGACAUUGUCAAACGUCACCAGGGAACAGUAACCGAAGAGAAGUCAAAGGCUACCCACCACGUUUAUCCAAGUCCUACCUCAACGGAUGAUGAUGAAUGGUUGAGACCUGUGAUGAAAAAAGACAAGCAGGUGCUGGUACACUGGGGCUUUUUUCCAGACAGCUAUGACACUUGGGUUCACGCCAACGAAAUAGAUGCAGAGAUUGAGGAUCCUCCAAUUCCUGAAAAGCCAUGGAAGGUUCAUGCCAAGUGGAUUUUGGACACAGAUAUUUUCAAUGAAUGGAUGAACGAGGAGGAUUACGAGGUGGAUGAGAACAGGAAAUCGGUGAGCUUUCGACAGAGAAUCUCCAUGAAAAAUGAAGAGCCUGUGCGUAGUCCGGAGAGGAGAGACAGGAAAGCAGCAGCCAGUACAAGGAAGAGGAAGCAUUCUCCUUCUCCACCCCCCACUCCUGUCGAGUCGAGAAAGAAGACGGGGAAGAAGGGGCAAGCAGCCUUGUACGGGAAAAGGAGAGGGCAGAAAGAAGAAGAUGAGCAAGAAGAUCUUACCAAGGACAUGGAGGACCCCACACCGGUACCUAAUAUAGAAGAAGUGGUACUUCCCAAAAAUGUGAACCCAAAGAAAGACAGCGAAAACACGCCGGUGAAAGGAGGAACGGUCGCAGACCUCGAUGAGCAGGAUGAGGAGACAGUGGCAACUGGAGGAAAGGAAGAUGAAGAUCCGAACAAAGGCGAUCAAAGUCGGUCCAUUGAUCCAGGUGAAGACAACGUCACGGAGCAAACCAACCACAUCAUUAUUCCGAGCUACGCAUCUUGGUUUGACUACAACUGUAUCCAUGUGAUUGAACGCCGUGCGCUUCCUGAAUUCUUCAAUGGAAAAAACAAGUCCAAGACUCCAGAAAUAUACCUGGCUUACCGCAACUUCAUGAUUGACACCUAUCGCUUGAACCCUCAAGAGUACUUGACCAGCACUGCCUGCAGAAGGAAUCUGACCGGAGACGUGUGUGCUGUCAUGAGAGUACAUGCUUUUCUGGAGCAGUGGGGCCUCAUUAACUACCAAGUGGAUCCAGAAAGCCGUCCCAUGGCGAUGGGCCCUCCGCCCACUCCUCACUUCAACGUGCUGGCUGAUACGCCCUCUGGGCUGAUGCCCCUCCAUAUCCGCACCCCGCAGGUUCCAGCUGCUCAGCAGAUGCUGAGUUUUCCUGAGAAAAACAAAGAGAAGCCUACUGAUCUGCAGAACUUCGGACUCCGCACUGACAUUUACUCCAAAAAGACUUUAGCAAAGAGUAAAGGUGCAAGUGCUGGAAGAGAAUGGACAGAACAAGAGACACUGCUGCUAUUAGAAGCUCUGGAGAUGUACAAAGACGACUGGAACAAAGUCUCGGAGCACGUUGGGAGCCGCACCCAGGACGAGUGCAUUCUGCAUUUUCUGCGCCUCCCGAUCGAAGACCCCUACUUGGAGAACUCGGACGCGUCUCUGGGCCCGCUGGCGUACCAGCCCGUCCCCUUCAGCCAGUCCGGCAACCCGGUGAUGAGUACCGUCGCGUUUCUGGCGUCGGUGGUGGAUCCCCGCGUGGCGUCAGCCGCAGCGAAGGCUGCCUUAGAGGAGUUUUCUCGAGUCAGAGAGGAGGUGCCGCUGGAGCUUGUCGAAGCUCACGUGAAGAAGGUGCAGGAAGCAGCAAGAGCCUCUGGGAAGGUGGAUCCAACCUAUGGACUGGAGAGCAGCUGCAUUGCCGGAACAGGUCCGGACGAGCCGGAGAAAAUCGAUGCAGCUGAAGAAGAAAAGAUGGAAACCGAGACAGAUGGGCAGCAGUCUGAGAAGGUUGAAAACAAAGCGGAGAGUGAAAUUGAGGAAGGCGACAAAGUGCAAGAAGGAGAAAAUGAGAGAAAUCCAGAAAAAGAGCAAGACAGCGAAGUGACGGCAGACCCCAAGCCAGAGGAAAAGGAGGCCGAAGAGAACAAGGAGAACGUUGAUGCGAGCAAAGACAAAGAAAACGAGGCUGGGAAGAAGAAAGUGGAACAUGAAAUCUCGGAAGGAAACGUAGCUACAGCUGCAGCUGCUGCCCUGGCCUCAGCUGCCACCAAAGCAAAGCACCUAGCAGCAGUGGAAGAAAGAAAGAUCAAGUCCCUGGUCGCCCUUUUGGUGGAAACGCAGAUGAAGAAGCUGGAGAUAAAACUUCGCCAUUUUGAGGAGCUGGAAACCAUCAUGGACAGAGAGAAAGAAGCAUUAGAGCAGCAGAGGCAACAGCUGCUGACGGAACGCCAGAAUUUCCACAUGGAGCAGCUGAAAUACGCGGAGUUACGGGCUCGCCAGCAAAUGGAGCAGCAGCACAGUCAGACCCCGCAGCAGCCUCCCCAGCUCCCCGGGAUGAACCCCCUUGGGGCACCAGCGCAUCCGGGCUUGCUGCCUCACCAGCAGCCCCCGCCGUACCCGAUGAUGCACCACCAGAUGCCACCGCCUCACCCGCCGCAGCCAGGUCAGAUGCCGGGGCCCGGUCCCAUGAUGCCCGGACAGCCCAUGCCGGGCCGGAUGAUGCCAAGCGUGUCGGCCAACAUCCAUCCGGCCGGCGGUGGUCCCCCCCCGCCUGGCAUGUCACCGAUGGCAGGAAAUCUACUGGGACCUCGCGUUCCUCUGGCAGCUCCGAAUGGCAUGUAUCUGCCUCCUGCGCAGCCGCCUGCGCCAGCGGAAGGGGUGACCCCCCCUCCGGCCGCGGCCCCCCCGGCCUCAGCCGCUCCCUAA